GUUGCACCUCAGUUUGCAAGAUACCACAAUCUCAGGCGCCGGGUCAAGCUCCAGUUUCGAUACGCCCACUCUCAGAGGCACCAACACCAAUUUUCUCCGGGGCUCGGCAUGUCACGGCUUCUCGACCCCAGCAACAACGUUCCCAAAGGGUGCGAUAUCGAGGACGCCGGAAAUCGGGACCAAUGCGACAUGUAUGAGCGAGGAGCAUGGGGAUGUCAUAUUAAGUGGUCAACCCGAUGGAGUUGUCCCGACGGCCAGCGUCGUAUAAAACGUGGUCUACAUCACAAGAUGUGAAAGCCCUUAAGCCUUCGUCCGUGACAUGAUAUCCUGGGGAAGACCCAUCAGUUUGACGAGUUAUUCGCCCAGUACUUACAGUGGCCAAGAUGUCCGCCCAGCUGCCCUCCUCCAGCUAUGCAGUCGCGGUCCCGGGUACGAGUAUCGUUGGCCGUCACGACGUGGAUGCCGACGUGCGCCGGGUCUACGAGGUUUUGAAGAAUGGUGGAGUAGCCAUCAUCCCUGGCCGCAUUGGUUAUGCCUCGAUUGCGACCCCUGGAGCUUCCGUCAAGAGGAUUUUUGAUGCAAAGCAGAGAGGAUCGCAUAAGAAACACGCUAUCACGGGCAGUUAUGCCAUGCACAAAUUGAUUCACCGUCUGCCUCCCGAGAAAGAAGCCAUGGUCGCGGCCAUCACCAUCGACAAUGCCCUGCCACUGGGCGUUGUCGCCCCGUACGAUCCUGACCAGCCGCUCGUUCGGAAUAUCGACUCCGAGACCCUCAAACAGACCGCACACAAUGGGACCCUGGGCAUGCUUAUCGGAGGCGGCGUUUUUCACGAGAAGCUCAAUGAGCUCGCCAUUCAAGGAGGCAUCACCUUUCUGGGCUCUUCGGCCAAUCUGUCGGGCAAGGGCGUCAAGGGACGGGUUGAGGACAUCGAGCCCGAAGUCCGGGGCGCGGCCGACAUUAUAAUUGACUAUGGUCUGCGCAAUUAUCAUUCUUUUCACCAGUCUUCCACCAUCAUCGACUUCUCCACCGACCCAAUCAACGUCAUACGGAUUGGACUCUUCUACGAUGUCAUAAGUGAUAUUCUGCUGCGACAGUUUCGUCUCGAGUUGCCCAAGGACCCAGGUCGAGAUGUCUUGCCGACCGGCCAUCUUCGGGAUAUGCAGAUUGGCCCUGCGAAUUGAACUGCGCUGAGGCCGAGAGAGCAGACGCUCCAAGUGGGAAGCUCUCGACUGUGGCCCCAAGCAUAGAUCCGGCGACUGCGACAGUUCCCUCCAACGGAGCUUAAGAUGGCGGCUUUCUGGGCGUCUUAGGGAAGACGCAGUCGCCGCCAACCUGUGUUAUGAUGACAUGCAGUGGACCCAUGGAAGGGCUUCCUGAGGUUUCUUACUAUGUAGAUGACCCUGGCGGCAGACCCAGCCAAGAUGAGCCAGUGGACUGACGCCGGAGAUACACGGCGGAUAUUGGGGCUGGCCGAUAGAUCCACUAAGUAGGUGUUACGUACAGUAUCUUAUAGCGCUGUAUGUUGCAAUGCGCAGACCGAGUGCCUCAAACUCGUAUCUUACUUGGCAAUCAU